CUAGCUUUGAGCAAUCACUCACCCACUACUCACCAAAUCGAAAGCUGGGGGUUCUUGUUUUUUUCUUUUCAGCUCUCUCGUGUCUCGGCAGCUGCGAUGGCGGUGGAGGGGGGCGACCAGCGGCCGUGGGGGAGGCUGGACGGCAAGGUCGUGAUGGUCACCGGCGCCUCCUCCGGCAUUGGGCGCGAUCUCUGUCUGGACCUCGCUAAGGCUGGCUGCCGCGUCGUCCCGGCCGCGCGGCGGGCUGACCGCCUCAAGACCCUCUGUGACGAGAUCCGCGCGUCCCGGCCGGGCGAUCCUUCCGCCACCGCCGUGGCGGUCGUGCUUGACGUCAGCGCGGAGGAGGCGGCCAUCGCGGCCGCCGUGCGGAAGGCCUGGGAUGCUUUCGGGCGGAUCGAUGGAUUGAUCAACAACGCCGGAGUUCGUGGUGCUGUGAAUUCAUCACUAAAUUGGUCCCAAGAGGAAUGGGACAGCGUCGUCAAAACCAAUCUGACUGGUUUGUGGUUAGUUUCCAAACAUGUCUGCAGACUCAUGCGCGACGCCAAGCUCAAAGGAUCCGUGAUCAAUGUUUCAUCCAUUGGUGGUCUUCGUCGCGGUUAUAAACAUGGAGCCAUCGCCUAUAAUGCUUCAAAAACAGCUGUUCAUACGGUCACCGAGGUGAUGGCAUUGGAUUUGGGCGCUUACAAUAUUCGAGUGAAUGCGAUCGCGCCUGGAUUGUUCAAGUCUGAGAUAACCUCUUCCUUAAUGCAGAAGAAAUGGCUGAGUAGAGUGGCAGAGAGAACUGUUCCUUUGAGAACAUUUGGGACAACAGAUCCUGCAAUCACUAUGCUUGUGCGGUACCUGCUUCAUGACUCGUCGGAGUACAUUUCGGGCAAUGUUUUCAUUGCUGAUGCAGGUACUACCCUUCCAGGGAUCCCUAUUUUCUCCUCACUCUGAUAAGUUCAUGCCUGCCGCCCAACUUGGUCACCCACUUCUCAUAGAUUUAUCUUGAAUGGUGUGGACGUGAAUUAAAAGUGUGUUCUUAAUAAUUUAUAUUAUUAAAAAUAGGAGUGUAAAUUAGUCUAGUUGAAUUUAACUGUGGUUAAGCUUGUUUAUUUGUUUAUUAAGUUUGUUUAUUGAGUUUAAUUUUUUUUAGCUCAA